AUGCAUUGGAACUCAUGGAGUGGUAUUUUAUUAGUAUGGGAAUACAUAGUUAAUAUGCUAAUAAUUGUGAGUUGGGCAUCUCAAAGUCAACGGUAUGAAAAUAAUAACCAUGAUGACGAUGUCAAAGAAGAAGCUGAUGCUUCCAUUUACAGUGAUACCCUGGACACUCUUGUAGAAGAGGUGAUUGAAGAACAAGAACACAAAAUUGAUGAGGAUGAAGAACGGUUUAAAAUUGAUGAGGAGCUUAGAAAACGUAACACGGAUAAUAGAAUUCAACACCAGCAAAUAGUUGAUCUUCACGAGGAGAACAAGGAUUUGAUGGCAAUGAUUGCCAAACUUCACGAUGUUCAUGAGUCUUUGAAGAAAGAAAAUAAAAUGGUCACCGAUGAGAAUCAAAAUCUUAGAAAAGAUAUUGAUCGCAGCAAGGCGAAAAUCACCAAAAUAAAGGGAAAAAAUGUCAACUACCUGACUACCAAUAGUAGACUCAAAGUCAAACUCCAAAAUUCUCUUCUUGAAAAUAAAAAUCUAAGGAAAGAUCUUCAACUAGCCAGACAAACCAACACUGAUCAUCUUAGAUCUAUGAACCAAUUGUAUGAAAAGGUACAUUUGUUGAAGCAUCAAUUAACAAUCAAUGAUGACAAGCUCGCAUAUCAAAAUUAUGUGCGUAUAAAGGAAGAGGAGCUACAGCAUAAAUCGGCCUUGGUCGCAACGCUUACUGAAUCAAAUGAGAACUUACAAAAAGAAAUCGAGGACAAAAUGACUGAUUAUUUGAGUUUUCUCAAUAAGCUUUCUGAACUUCAAUCUUCAAACGACUCAUUCAAAGAAGAGGUAUCUAAAUUAGAAUUUAAGGUUGCGAGAUUAACGGAAGAUAAUCAAAGGGUGAGAAAUGAAAGAGCUGAGUCCAAACAACAACAAGAGGUCUUGACCAAGAAAAUUUCAGAAUUAAUUGAGGAAGUGAAGAUGAUGGAAGAAGUUAAUCAUGAUUUAAAUAUACAACAUGAGGAUCACUUAAAGGUAAUUGAGUCUUUGAGAAAAUUGAAUGAAAGCACAACCAAUACCCAAAAGAAGAUGAGAAAGGAACUUGACAACAGUUUGAUCUCAAAACAAGACGAAAUCAUCCGAUUGAAAAAAGAGAUUGAAAACUUGCAAGAUACCAAUACCAAUAUCAACCCUCAAGUGGCGCUCAACGAAGAUGCUAAGGAAAAUCAAGAAUUGAACCAAAAAAUUAUUAGAAUGUCAUCCACUAUAAGUCAAUAUAUUGUAAAGUUGUCUGAAAGUCAACUUUGUUUGAAGAUUAAAGAAAGCAAUGUUAAAGCAAUGAAGGAAGAGCUUACCCAACACCGAGACUUUUUUAAUAACUUGGAACCAUUUAUUGAUAAAUUUAGUCAAGAUUUUAUUACACUUGUAACUGUUGUCCAAAAAAUUGUGCCAAAGUACAAUGAGCAAAAGAUGUUUCUUAACAAGUUAAUUCAGAUGGUUUCUGUUGAGGAAAAGAAUUUUAUCAUGCUUAAUGAGCUCCGUGACAAAAAUUCACGUUUCAAAAAGCUUUUAAGACGAAUUCUUGAUGAGAAUCUCAGAGUUAAAAAUGAAUUAGAAAUUUCAUACUUAGAAAUUAAGUCUUUGAAGGAUCAGUUGCUACUAAAGGAUGAAUUUAUCACAGUGUUGAAGUAUGGAAAUGAUAAUAGUGCUUUGAAUCUACAAUUCUUGGUUAACCAUGCAACUAAUCAUGAUGAUUGUGAAAGGUCUGUCCUGCUUAAUGAUUUCCAAACCAAAGAUAUUUUCAUUAACGAUCAUCCCGUUGUUUCACCAUCAGAUAUUUCUCUGAUCGAUGAAAAUAGUAAUUGCCGGCUUUCUCCUGCGCUGCAACAAAGCGAUAUAUCUGAAACAAUGUCGACCAUUGACUCUAUUGCAACUCGUGCAAGCUCCAUUCAAAUCAAUUUGAAUGACUUGACGUUUUUUGGCCAAAAUGAGAAAUUUUCGGGGCAAUUAACUUCGUUUUUAAAAGGUGGUGUGGUGGAUGACAAUGAUAGAGACGGAGACGCCACCUUUUCAUUGGAUGAUAAUCAUGAGGAAGAAUUUCAGUUACAGAGAUUGAUGGACUCUUUGAACCCUGGAAAAACAAAUGAUGAGAUUUUUGCCAUGAAUGGUUCUGAUCUUAACGGUUUGACCAGUAAGAUGGAUAAAGAAGUGCAGCAAAUCAAACGCUUUUGCAUUUCUAAGACUUUGAAAUCAUGCUCACUUCCUAGACCGAGUAGUGCUGGAGACUCUUAUUCGAAUCAGUUUAACAAUAACAAUACUGCAAAGCCUCCACAGCUUUCACUUCAAAUCCCUAAGAAAUUGACGAUUUUCAAAGAUUCUGAAGGAGAUACUUCUGCAGAAUCUUCCCCAACAUCAUUAUCCUCAUCAUCUCCUGUAUCUUAUACUUUUUCGAAUGGAUUCACUUUAGGAAAGCCUCGAACUUCAAGGCGCUCUUCUCUUCAUUUAGAAAACCUGUUUUACACAACUACCAAACCUCAAUUCAAAACCCUUUCAUUGAAUAGUAAUGGCCGCUCCCACGAUUUGAAGUCAUUUGGUCUUACUCCAAAUACUAAAAACCAAACUAACGUUAAAAAUAGACAUAGGGUUUCAAAUUCUAUCAGUUGA